AUGUGGUAUGACUCUAACUCCCAUGGUGCACCGUGCUCCCUCUCAGGCAAAAAUACGGAAAUAGUUUAUUGGUGGAAAAAACUUCUCAUCGCUUUUUCAUGCCAAACACACAGUAAACGUGUGAGUCGUUUCUCGACUUUGCUGAGUCACCGGCGACACAAGGUAACCAUUGAGGCAAUAUGGCAAGCGGCAGACCAGUGCAGAUUGUAA